AUGUCUGCUUCACACAUCAUCAACCUCCCCAACACACCCCCCAUCACCGACGACAACGACAACCCCUCGGCCAUCAACCCCCCCGCCAUCGCCCAGCAAUGGCUCUCCUCUCUCGUCUCCGUCCUGCGCACGAACGACUUUGCUCGUCUGCAAGAGGAGCUCUUCCACCCCGACUCGUGGUGGCGCGACCACCUCGCGCUGCAGUGGGAUCUGCGCACAAUCCGGGGGGCCGAAGGCAUUGCCGCGUUCCUGCAAGAGCAUCAGCCUACCGCGCAGCUGUCGGCGUUGAAAUUGCAGGAUGAGGGCCGGUAUCGGCCCUCGCUGCACGAGCCGGAGAAGGAGGCUGGUUUGCUGUUGACGUGGAUUGUGUCCAUGUUUUUCUUUGAGACGAGGGCGUACGCAGUCUACACCUCUCUUCAAGAACUCAAAGGCUUCGAGGAGCCGCUGGGUCCGAGACGGGUGUAUGGCACGCUCAACUCGAUGCCUGGCGGAUCCAGCAAGGGCACCUGGCUAGAGCGAAGGAAGAGGCAGGUCGAAUUCGUGGAUGAGGAGCCGCAGGUUCUUGUUGUGGGGGCUGGUCAAUCCGGCCUGAAUCUCGGUGCUCGACUCCAGUUGCUUGGAGUAUCGACGCUCAUCAUCGACAAGAAUGAGCGCAUUGGCGAUAACUGGAGGAAGCGGUAUAGGACGCUCGUCACCCACGACCCCGUCGAAUUCACGCACAUGGCCUACCUCCCCUUCCCCAAGAACUGGCCACAGUUCACGCCCAAGGACAAGCUGGCCGACUGGUUCGAAGCCUACGCAAACCUGAUGGAGCUGAAUGUGUGGACGCGGACGAGUAUCCAGAGCGCCGACUACGACGACGAUGCCGGGAAAUGGACCGUCACUGUGUCCAGGCCUGACGGUUUCCAGGUGCUGCAUCCGCGUCACCUCGUCUGGUGCACCGGACAUUCUGGAGAGCCCAAGAUCCCUUCUUUCCCGGGCCAGGAGGACUUCCAGGGCGUGGUCUACCACGGAAGCCAGCACCAGGACGCGUCGACCCACAACAAUGUCCAGGGAAAAAAGGUCAUUGUCGUCGGCACGGGAAACAGCGGACACGACAUCGCAGAGAACUUUUACGAGAAUGGCGCCGAGGUCACCAUGCUGCAGCGCAGCGGGACCCCCCCCACCGACCAAGCAGACAUCUUCUCCGAAAGCCUCCCCUUCCCCGUGCAAUUCGCGCUAAACGUGUACCUGACCAAACGCAUCUCUUCCGUCGACGCAUCCCUCCUCUCGGGUCUCGAGCGCGCAGGCUUCAAAAUCUACAAGGGCGUCGACGACUCCGGCAUCGCGCGGCUGUACUUCACGCGCGGAGGCGGGUACUACAUCGAUGUCGGUUGUAGCCAGUUGAUCAUCGACGGCAAGAUCAAGGUGAAGCAUUGCCCCGGGGGAAUCGCGCGGUUUACGCCCAGGGGAAUCGUCCUGAAUGAUGAGGAGCAUACCGAACUGCCAGCCGACAUUGUCGUCCUGGCUACGGGGUACGACAACAUGCGGACGACGGUGCGCAAAGUCCUAGGCGACAAGGUCGCGGAUCGGUGUAAGGAUGUCUGGGAUUUGGAUGAGGAGGGGGAACUCAAUGCUAUAUGGCGACCCUCUGGCCAUCCUCACUUCUGGUUCAUGGGCGGAAACCUCGCCCUCUGUCGCAUCUACUCCAAGUUCCUGGCGCUGCAGAUCAAGGCCAUCGAGGAGGGGUUGGUGCCGGAAGAUUCUGCUGCUGCUGCGCAAUCGAAAUUAUAG